UAAAACGUAUUAGGAUUAAUUGGGCGUGGAGGAGGUUGCAGCUUUGCCUUUAACGGAAUUUUGUCAAGUGUCAUCAAAGCAAAAAUGCCCAUGGGUUGAAACACAAAUCAUGGAAAAGCUUAUAAUCCACCAGUAAUAAGCGUUAAGUAGUGAAGGAGAAGAAAAUGUACUUCCCAGCUGAAAUCCUGGAAGGGACAACAGUUGCAAAAGUUACUUUAAGGUGUGGCUGUAUCAAGUUUAAAGACAGUGCCCCAGAAAAUGGAUGAGGUUGAAGCAGGAUGAAAUUACCGAAGCCUGCUCUUGCAGUGUGGCUGUGGGAUAUUUCCGCUGCUAAACCACUGCCGUCUGCCCAGGUGGUGGAUUAACAGCAGUUAACAAAGAUUAACUGGAAGUCAGAAAUCUCAGGAGAGAGAAUACAUUAAAAACAUGUGAGAUAUGAAUUUUUGUCUGGUAUUUCUCACCCAUACACACACAAAUACUAAACACUAAACUAAACAUAAUGAACUGAAGCGUAACACUAUGUUUUCAUACUUAGUAGACUGAUUAUGUAUAGGCCGGCAAGCUGAGCCUCUCACAGCAGGCAGGAUUUGGUGUUACUAUGGUGUCUGUACAUUUAUGUCACAUGCUGAUCUAGGGGGACAGGCUGUUACACAAGCAGCUGUAAGGUUUAGCUGUACAUCACAUUACAGGCCACAGCGGCCGUUCAAACAACUCAUUUCAUCUGCUGCCUAAGCAAUAUUCGUAUUUACAAGGUUUCUUACCCGUUUCAAAUGACAGGUAGAAUCAUCAGUGCUGCCUACAAAUAGGGUUGCCUCAUGUUUUCAGUAACUUAAAACUGCAGACACUAACUGUUCAUACUGAAAUUUUCCAAGCCUGAAGCAGAUUAAUUUGAAAAAAGUCCAAGUAAUAUGGUCUAGCUGUUUCUGAGAAUACGAUUUCAUGAAUAUGUUAUUUUGCAUGUAUUAAACCAAAAUUCUAGUAACUAUUUUAUAGAGAAUGUCCAAGAUUGUCAGAUUCUAAACUAGGGCUUGGAAAUUUGGCUGAGACUGCAUCAAGCGGUGCCUCUUUUGUCAUUCUUGUAACUUUACCUAAAUCAGACCAAGUUACAGUAUUUCAAAAGCAGCAUCAGUUUGCUGGUGCCCAGUGGAGACGUGCCGGUAGGUGAAUUCAGGCAGCCCCCUCUGCACUGGCUGGUCUCUAUCAGCAAGUGUCUCACAAGGACUUACUCCACAGCUGACUCUUGGGUUUGUAGCACCAGCGCCAGACCUAAGAAUAGUUAACCAGCAUCAAGGAAGGAGACUGAGCUGGUAAGGGAGACUGGAGCAAGGAGCUGAGGUGGGAAAAGAGGUGCAUGGAGACAGGAGAGCAGGCAGAGAGGCUCGUGCGGGCUAUAGAUGAUGUCCUUGCAGUACCUGGUCUUGAUUCCAUGUUUUCAGCCUCGCUGCUCUUCUGCAAGCUCUGUUGCAAAGUGCGUCCCUCCUUCCAUCCUGAUGGCUGGAGAAGAACCGAGGCUGCGUGCUGUUGCUCACAGGUCUGGCAGCUCAAGGACUAGGGGUGUUUCCCACACACCUAAAAGCUCAAAUACUGCUUGGCCCAUUUGACAACAUUUUGUUCUUCAUUAUGCUUUCUUGACUUAGAAACUGACACGUUCAAAAUUGAUCCUACAUUAAAGGAACACGAACAUUGCAAGAUCUAGCUCUUGCAAGCAAGAACAACAGAAUAUUGUCCACAUACAUGUAAUUAAUCUUCUGUGCGCCUAAAUGCAAUGGUAUAAAAUAAUUUUUUUCCAGUUGACUCAAAGUCCUCAGAACUAAAACUGAUUGCAAUGACAGUGAGAUUUGAUUAUAAACAUGUACACCAAUGCUUCUGGCCCUAUUUCAUAUUUCCCAUGCAAGAUCGGUAUAUUUUUUAAUCUUAAAUAAGCCUUUCCCCCUCCCCACGCCAAGUAGGAAUUACACUCUACUACCAUGUCUGGAAAGUGAUGAAUAGAUACAGAAAAGCUGAUGAGAAAUUUUCGUAUUUACAGUUUAACAGUGUCAAGGCACAGGGCUACGCACUGAAUCACAAGGAGGAAACAACUGACUACAGCCUCGCUAGAGAUGAGGAAGAUCACCUGGAGAAAGUCACAAUUGCACCCGAGAACAAUGAUUCCAAGCAUAUUUCGCUUUUUUGCUCUGCAUGUCAACAAACAAUAUAUCCAUACCACUUACUUUAUCACAAAAAACCCCAAACCACAAAGCCCCUGGCUUUGCUGGGCUUCGAUAGCCCAAAGACUGACAAUGAAGCACUUUUGGCUCAGAGACAGAAACUAAUUUCAAAGUUGACCAAGACUCCUGAAUAUUCCGAGACACACAUAGAUUAUUCAAAUGAAUUCCUUAUGGAUAAUCGCACUCCUACAUCAUAUCAUCAUUUUGCUAAUACUAACAGUCCUAGUAUGUACAUAAAUAAUUCUUUAAUAAAAGCAUUACCAAUCCAAGAUAAAAAUUCCACGUGGCAAGGAGACAUGGAAGAAUUUAUUGUGCAUGACAACUACGGAAAUAGGUCAGAUCUGUGCUUUCUGCGGUUAGUUGAUGGCUCUCAUGGUGUGACAACUGCAGGAACAGUUGCAGUAGAGCUUCUCCUUCUAUUUCUUGGCCAGCCUCAAAUGGAUUCCUCCUACAAAAACAGUAAGGAUGAACAGGAAAUUCUAGAUUCUUUUGCCACAGUAAUCUAGGCAGAUUACAGCAAAAAAGAGAAGAUUUUCUCAGAUAAACCAGGCAAUGAUGAGACUAACAAGACUGAUACUUACGAAUGGAUUCACAAAGCAUAUUCCAAGCCCUUCCGGAGAAAGAAUAGACUUUUAUGACUGGAAAGCAAUAAAGUUUCUGAAGUUCACUGGAGUGAUUGUUCAGCAGUUACCUGUUUGGUGGAAAGAAUCCCCAGCAAAAUGACAGAUGGCACUGAGGAAGAAGAGAGAAAACAUUCUGAAAACACCACACACAGUCCAUCAGCCUGGACAGGCAAAAGUGCUGCUGGUUUACUGCACAUUGCUAAUAUAGGUAUUAAUGCACAUGCAGUCUUAAGUAAAAACAGAAACAGUCAUGGCUUCUCAAAAGAGCACAGCACUUCUAAUGUAAGCAAGAGAAAAAUCAGACUUCAGAAUGCUGGAGACAUCAGCACUAAUAAACCAGACUGGUUAGUAGAGGGGCACCUGAGAACUGCAAGGGAUCUUGGACACGGAGAUCCACUGCUGAAAAGAUCCGUUACACCUGUACCUCAUACUGUACCUGUUCCCAUCAAUGACACUUGCCAGUUUCUUUUAGCUUCUCAUGGGCUUUGGGAGGUUUUGGAUUACAAUGAAGUACUUGCAUUAACUCUAACAACAAUCACUCGUUAUUUUAGAAUGUAUGAAUGUGCCCAACAAAACAGGACUUCUCCGUCUAAGUGUCAGUAUUUGACGCCCCUCACUGAAGACAACUUAAAUGACCCAAAGGCUAUUAAUGAUCGGCAAGAUAGAAUAGAGACACUGUAUUCCAGUAAAGACAUUUUUCUGGCUGACUCGAAAGGCAACCUGAAACAAAAUAAGCCAAAAUGUUCUAGGAGGAACUAUUUGCAAAGUGAAGAUGGAGUUCCUAAGGAAACCGAUGGCCACAAAAAUCAAGCUGAUCCAGAACUGUCUCUUUUCAGUAACAAUGAAGCAAACAGAGAGAGAAAACAGUCCAAUUCUAGCAGACAAGGUGGCUCUGAAGAAGUGAAACAGCUUGAGGACAGAAAAGUUCUAUGCAACAAUUUUCAGCCAUGGUCACAGACUGCAGAGCAAGAAGAAAGAGACACUGACACUUUCUGUGUGAGAGGUCCAAGUCGCACCCAUAAACAGCUGUAAGAGAAUGUACUGGCAAUAGGGUCUGAACACAUGAGACAGCCAAAGGAUCCCGGAGCACGCCUUUCCGAUUAGGACUCAGGUCAGUAACUGGCAGAAAAAAUGGACUCCAAGAUAUUUUGUGACAAACCUGCAAGUUACACUGGUCAAGAACUGCUAAAGAUUGGAUCCCCAGUGAAUUCUAAACCACCACUACAGGUCAAGGAGGACACAAAAAUGUACCCGGCCAACUGCGAAUCACGAACUGCAGGGAGGCAGGGUCACUCUGGGGCCCUCUACAACAACAGCGCAAGCUACAUUAGUGAACACCUGGAAAAGACUGCAUUACCUGCAGGUUCAAGAGACAAUAUUAAUUUGGUUAUACUCCUGAACAGAUGCAGUAAGAAACCCUAUUACCUCAACAUUUAA